AUGUUCGGAAAUCCCGAUGAUCAUCACACGUUUUGGCAUUGCUCAGGUAGCAAUGCCUAUCUAAAAUAUUGUCCGAAAGAUUCCAUUUGGUCACAAGUAGAGCAACAGUGCAUUUGGAACAAUUCAUCAUUGGAUCCAAGUAUGGUUUGUGGUGUAAUGCAUCCAAUAGUUGGUUUUUUGAUAAACAAGGCAAUAGGAAGAGUAUUAGACUCCAAUGAAGAAAAAAAUGUUUACACUCUUAAAUACAAUGGUGGCACAUAUCAACAAUGGCAAUUUCAACGACAAGAUGAUGGUUCUUGUGUAUUACAAAACUUAGCAACUUCAUUGAUACUUGAUUCCAACGGCUAUCAGAUAUACACACAUAAUUUCAAUGGCGGCUUCUAUCAAAAAUGGAGAUUAUAUUGGAAUGAGGACAACUUUUUUGUGCUUCUAAAUCUAGCAACGUCGCGUGUACUUGAUUCUAAUUUUGACGGUCAAGUGUAUCCGAGCAUUGGUAAUGGUGGUGAUUUUCAAAAAUGA